UGGCCGAGAGGACCGCGGGACUAGAGGGUGAGCUCCACUGAGCGCACGCUCAGAGCAGACCGCAGGAGGCAAGAGAUGAUGGUCUAAAACGCUGGGAGCUGGCGUCCAGAGCAGGGGGAAAGGUAGUCACGGAGGGGAGGCAGAGCUACAGGAGGUGGAGGAUCCUGGAGGUGACAGCAAGGAGAGUACGCAACGGCAAGGGGCAGCUCCAGAGAGGACGCCUGGCGCUCGGGCCAGAGGAAGGCAGGGCAGCGCCGCGGCGCUGCGGGCGGGCCCCGCCAGGGUGGGGGUGCCAUGUCUCGAGAGCGGCCGCCCCGCACCGACAUCCCGCGCAACCUGAGCUUCAUAGCCGCGCUGACGGAGCGUGCCUACUACCGCAGCCAGCGGCCCAGCCUCGAGGAGGAGCCAGAGGUGGAGCCAGGCGAGGGCGGGACGCGCCUCGGGGCCCGAUCCCGCGCUCACGCUCCGAGUCGGGGUCGCCGGGCCCUCUCUGCGCCAGCCGGAGGCGGCGGGGUCCGGGUGCCCCGCAGCCGCAGCCCCGACACCCGCAAGAGAGUGCGUUUCGCUGAUGCGCUUGGGCUGGAGCUGACCGCGGUGCGCCGCUUCCGCCCCGGAGAGUUGCCCCGGGUGCCCCGCCACGUGCAAGUUCAGCUGCAGAGGGACGCCCUCCGUCACUUCGCACCGUGCCAGCCUCGCGCCCGCGGCCUCCAGGUAGGCAGGCAGCAUCGGCACGCCCCUUCCCCGGGACCUCCCCAACCCGGCCGCGGCUGGCGNUUGCAGGCGCAGCGCAUCUGCCUGGAACGCGCCGAGGCGGGCCCGCUGGGCGUGGCCGGGAGCGCGCGCGUGCUGGACCUUGCCUACGAGAAGCGCGUGAGUGUGCGUUGGAGCGCCGACGGCUGGCGGAGCCAACGCGAGGCCCCCGCCUCCUACGCCGGCCCGGCCCCGCCCCCGCCGCGCGCGGAUCGCUUCGCCUUCCGCCUUCCUGCGCCACCCAUUGGGGGCGCCCUGCUUUUCGCCUUGCGCUAUCGUGUGACUGGCCACGAGUUUUGGGACAACAACGGCGGCCGUGACUAUGCUCUACGGGGACCCGAGCACCCUGGGAGUGCCGGAGCCCCGGAGCCCCAGGGCUGGAUCCACUUUAUCUGAGACACCUGCGACCAACGGUGCAAAAAGCAAAGGCACCCAGGGGCCGAGGGAGCUCGAAGAUUUGGCUGGGAAGAAUGAAAGAAACCGAAAUUGGCUGGGAGCUGUGCAGGAAAGCCAAGUGGGGGAGGGCGAGGACCGGAGAAUUCAAAGGGGUGUGGGAGUGGGCGGAAUCUACGAAGGUCGGGAGGUGGUGGAGAACAUUAGUUGGAUAUGAGUGAUAGUAACCCAAGGCAUAGAAGAAAGAAAACCAGAAAGGGCUCUGGAGGGAUUAGAUAAGCCAAGAUUGGAGUUGGUGAUGAUGUCCUAUUCAGUUAGCUGGCACUGGCAGAAAGUAAGUGGGUUCGUCACGUCUAGGAAAUUGAAAGUUAAGGUAUCUCUUUGGGAUUGAGGAGGUAUUAAGUUUGAAAUAGGAGCUCACCCUGCUUAAGUCAUUUGGAGUGCCAGCUCAUUCCCUCUCUUAACUGCCUUUGCCACCUCAGGUCCCUAGCUCUGCCCAUCCUAAGCUUUAACUCAGCCAUAAUUGCCUUGCUAAAGUCCCAGGAUAAGUCCCCUGUUAUUCCGGAAGAGCCCAGGCUUCAUUCUCCCCUGACUGGGUGGGGAGUGAUGGCAGACUCCCUUAGCCUCCAGGCAGUCUUGGGUUAAAAUGAAGGCAAAACCAACUCCAGGCCUGUCCUUGUAGCCAAAUAGUGUUAUGCCUGAGGAGUUGUACACUCAGGGGCUUCUAGAAAAAAUGCCAGCCUUACCUAUCUGGGGUGCCUUCUAAUGACCUCUAAGCACUUUAUGGACUUGUCAAAGAACAGUGAGUCACAAAAUUGGGCGAUGUUACUUCACCUCUCUGGGCCCCAGUCUCCUCCUUGGGAACUUAGAUUUUGAUUAAGUGAUCUCAUGUAGCUUAUUCUUGCUCUGAUAUUUUAUGAUCUACUGAGUGGCAGAGUGUGGAUUAGAAGUCACAUUCUUCAACCUACAGUUGGAGGACUACAGGUCAGAACACAAAGCAUCUCAGCCUUUGAUUGAGGCUGAGGAUGGGUUUUCCAGUUUUUGACCCAGAUACUCCAGAGUCCAAGAAGCAUCCCAUAACCAGCUUGGAGCCUUAUGGUAUUCCUGGGCCUUUUUCAAACUGCAGCUUAUCCUCUGCCCCUUGCCUUUUGCUCUUGCCCCCACAGACUCCCAGUCUAGGUGCUCUGAGACAGCUUUGAGUAGGUGUAUCUCUGUUGGGGAAAAUGAUGUUUGGGAGCCCUAGAGAUGAAAAGGAACAAUGUUGAGGCUCUCUUAAGGAUAAAGAAUUAUGGAUAUAAGAAAUAGAGAACAUUUCAAAUAAAAAAAGAAAGCUACUUGAUAAUUAAA